AUGAAUGAGAGCAACGAUCAAGCACAGAAAAACGAUGACUCACCAAGAGUGGAUGUGACACAGUACAGGAAGGUACAAGAUACGGAUAAACUCCCAGAAGAAAAUGCAACACCAAACGAAAGAACUGAAAUCAAAGACACUCCAUCUGCGAGGAAAAAGAGAUCGGAUAAAACGAAAGAGCAAUUGAAGACGGGAAAAGGUUACAGUAACAGCGCGAGUCACUCUUCGAAAAAGAAAAAGAAGUACAGAGCUGAUAGGAUGUGCGAAGCUACUCAAGAUGAAACACCGAAGAGAGUAAGAUCGCAGCGGAGAGUGGGCAAAAGUUGUGAAAAAACAGCCAUUAUCACUUCAGAGAACGUUAUCGCUAAGACCUACCACGACGAAAGCGAAGAGAAGAUGAAAAGGGGGAGACUUAAGGUAGCUGAGAUGCGCAGCCGGCGUUCGAAACGAAACCCUUCGCCCAGGAAAAAGAAAACACAACAACGAAACAAAACAGUAAUGCACGUCCUACAGAGUCCAGCGAUUGCAACAGAAUCAGAUCAAAUGAAAUCCUUCGUACAACAACCGGUGGUGUUGGCAACAACACCGCCCUCAAAUGCUGCGACGCCACCUAAGGAUGACGAUCAUCUCAUGAAGACUUCGUUGCCGAUAAAACCGAUUGAGCCAACACCAACAAUUGGGUCAGAUCAAUUAAAGGAAGAAGGACACGACUCGAACAAGCAGAUAUCACUGGGAGCAAAGCCCUCCAAGACUGCACCAGCUGGCAUCUAUGAGCCGCCAAAGGAUGAAAAAAGACAAGCAUCGAUUAGAAUGAAAUUAUCAAGAUCCGUAUCAACGGUGAAGCAUGAACCAGGGAAGGAAGAAAGAAGUGUGAGGCAGACCUCAAUUAGAGAACGGCUCAAGCGAGGACUGAAGUCAGCAUUCAGUGCAUUCAGUAGAGCGUCUCUUGAGAAGUCGUUUCAAAACGCGAAGGCUAAGUUGACGGCGCCUAAACGUACGAACUCCUUAUAUGACUAUCAAGAUACAUAUAUGGGCAGAGCUAUGGAAGAAGAAGAGGAGCCGGAUGAUACAGAUAUUGACCAGGACUUCUAUAAGGACACGAGUCAUCGUCAUGAUCUCGUCUUGGUUGACACAAACAAUACCAAUAACGGACAAAUGUUCAACGAGAAAGGACUACCUUUUUGGAAAGACAAAAAGUAUUUGUCGGAAGUUCCAAGACCGACACGGCAGCCUCUAUCGACCUUGUUACUGAUGUUAUCCGAGAAAAAAAUGUCACUGAAAGAUUCAGUGGCGACUCCGGCAUGUUUGGAUGGGCUAGAGCUGGGAGUUGAAGAAAUGAAAUGUCGUGACACUAAACACUUUAAUGACGAUCUGCUGCUUAGUAAUACAAUACGCUCCAUUAUUUCUACACUCGAUGAUAUAGACAAGUAUUCACAAAAUAAGCCAGUAGAUAUCCAGAAACUUACUGUAUUGGAACCGAAAACCUCUAAAGCCUAUACGAGGCAUUGCCCGAAAAUCAGCCAAGAAGUACCUUUUGUGUAUUCUGGUCUGGGAGUAUGCAAAAGCAAGAAAAGUAGAUCCAAUUCAGCGAGCUUAACGAGCAGUAGCACUUCCUCCAGUUCGGAAAUGUCAAGUAGAAGAAAAAGGAGGAAGAAGAAAAUAAACCAGGAAAAAGGCGAAGCUAAGAGUGAUAGGGCGAUGUGUGACGACGAAGUUGCUGCACUUGUGGUUGAUAAUGGCUCUGGGAUGUGCAAGGCCGGAUUCGCUGGAGAUGAUGCUCCACGUGCUGUAUUCCCUUCCAUUGUUGGACGUCCUCGUCAUCAGGGUGUGAUGGUUGGUAUGGGACAAAAAGACUCGUACGUUGGAGAUGAAGCACAGUCCAAAAGAGGUAUCCUCACUCUGAAGUAUCCAAUUGAGCAUGGUAUUGUUACUAAUUGGGAUGAUAUGGAGAAGAUCUGGCACCAUACUUUCUACAAUGAGCUUCGUGUUGCGCCAGAAGAGCACCCAGUCUUGCUUACUGAGGCUCCUCUCAACCCAAAAGCUAACAGAGAAAAGAUGACCCAGAUCAUGUUCGAAACAUUCAACACUCCUGCCAUGUAUGUCGCUAUACAGGCUGUACUUUCACUGUAUGCAUCCGGGCGUACCACUGGAGUCGUACUCGACUCGGGAGACGGUGUCACCCAUACUGUCCCUAUUUAUGAGGGCUACGCUCUUCCUCAUGCCAUCCUCCGUCUCGAUCUUGCCGGACGUGAUCUUACUGACUACUUGAUGAAAAUUCUCACUGAGCGCGGUUAUUCGUUUACAACCACUGCCGAACGUGAGAUUGUGCGGGAUAUUAAGGAGAAACUCUGUUAUGUUGCUCUCGACUUCGAGCAAGAGAUGGCUACAGCUGCGUCGUCGUCGUCGUUGGAAAAAUCAUACGAGCUCCCCGAUGGUCAAGUUAUUACCGUGGGAAAUGAGCGUUUCCGCUGUCCUGAGGCCUUGUUCCAACCAUCAUUCUUGGGUAUGGAAUCUGCUGGCAUUCACGAGACUUCGUACAACUCGAUUAUGAAAUGCGAUAUCGAUAUUCGAAAAGACCUCUAUGCCAACACUGUACUCUCUGGAGGGACUACAAUGUAUCCUGGAAUUGCUGAUCGAAUGCAGAAAGAAAUCACCGCUCUUGCCCCUAGCACUAUGAAAAUCAAAAUCAUUGCACCACCCGAGCGCAAAUACUCUGUCUGGAUAGGAGGAUCAAUUUUGGCGUCUCUGUCCACCUUCCAGCAAAUGUGGAUCUCGAAACAAGAGUACGACGAGUCUGGUCCCUCCAUUGUUCACCGCAAGUGCUUCUGA